GUUCGAUCAUACUGAAAACCCAUGUUCUCUUCAUCCGCACUUACCGAAGGUGACGCUAGCAGCUGCGCGUUCGUCAAACGCAGCUUCUGUCGGACGGUUGACCGCCAUAGUAAAAGCUGCAGUCCCACGUGCCCGUUUGUUGACUCAGCUGCAACUACAUGUCCGCUCUUCACCUCAUCGUUAAGGUCAACAGUAGUGCGAUGCCGCAGGCAACGAUUCUUGUCCAACGUCGUACUCGACCCUCACAACACCAAGUCACUCCCAGGCCCAUCAACAUCACACUACCACACGUACCACUAUCAUCGAAUUCCUCCAGGAACACCUAUAACAUUCACAACAGGCCCACACGCACCACCGAAGCCAACCACGCACCCUCAAAACCUCUCUCGCAUCACCUCACCACAACGCUGCCAGCAACAUGUCCAGCAGCAGCAGGAGUCCAGCUCACACUACUACGCAUCAGCCUCCCAUCAAGGUCUAUAUAUGGCGAUGCACUGACACGAACUGCCAGCAGAUCAACCAGACCAAGCGCGACGAGAACAGCCAUUGGUUCAACCGAGCGUGCACCGCCUGCGGCAAGGUGCCGGGCAGAGAAGUCUGUCUUCUCCAAAUCAUCCUGUCGGUUGACCAAGAGGGGAUGGAGAGGGUGGUGAGGAGUCUGUUUGGGCUUGGUGGAGCGUCAAGUGGUGGAUCAUAGAGGUGGGUGGUGGCUACAAAGCAAGAAUGGAGACAACUUGAGAGGGAAUGCGCAUCUUUGGCGGCUAUAAUGCAUCUGAGUCGGUGGAAAUUAUUUUUUUGGG